CUCGCGUUGGAGACAGGGGGGGAGCUGAACAGUUUGAAGGACAUCAAAAAGAAAAACGGGAGCGCUCGCGGCGGGUCCUCUCUCUCCAGUUUUGCGCGCAGCUCUCUCGCGAGCCGGAGACGGAACGCAUUGUCAACCAAGAACAACGGGAGAAAAAAGGAGAAGAACACCAUGGAAGACAAAUCCAAUUCGUUCUCCAGCAACAAGGAGGAGAAGGCGGAUGGGAAUAAUGUUUUUCAGAGGCAAGACUCGAUACAGAAAAAUAACACGGGGAGCCAGAACAUGAAGGACCACGGCAACUCAGUGGGCUUCAAGGGGGAGCGGGAAGAGGCCAUGGUGGGCUUUGACGAUCUGGAGGGGGCGGCCAGGCAACAUGGUUUCAUGCAGAGGCAAUUUGGAGCCAUGAUGCAGCCCGGAGUCAAUAAGUUCUCCUUGCGUAUGUUCGGCAGUCAGAAAGCCGUGGAGAAAGAGCAGGAGAGGGUCCAGACGGCCGGAUACUGGAUCAUUCACCCGUAUAGCGAUUUUAGGUUCUACUGGGACUUGAUAAUGCUCAUCAUGAUGAUGGGGAAUCUAAUCAUCAUUCCUGUGGGAAUAACCUUCUUCUCAGAGCAGACUACCACCACCUGGCUGGUCUUCAAUGUGGCUUCGGACACCAUCUUCCUGGUGGACCUGGUCAUGAACUUCAGGACGGGGAUUGUCAAUGAGGAGAGCUCUGAGAUCAUCCUCGAUCCAAAAGUCAUCAAGAUGAAUUACCUGAAGAGCUGGUUUGUUGUGGACUUCCUCUCCUCCAUUCCAGUGGAUUAUAUCUUUUUAAUAGUAGAGAAAGGCUUUGACUCGGAGGUGUAUAAGACGGCCCGUGCUCUGCGAAUCGUCCGCUUCACCAAGAUCCUCAGUCUUCUGCGUCUGUUAAGAUUGUCCCGUCUCAUCAGAUACAUUCAUCAGUGGGAG